AUGACCCUUUCCCAUAUCUCUACUCAGGAUUUGCAAAGAGAGGUGAGAAAGUAUUCCCACGGUGUAUAUCCGAAAGACGUCGAAAUCCAGCGGCAAUGGCUACCACAAGGUAUCAGCGAGAGCUACACCCGACGGGUUAGUAUACGAGCAGAGAGAGAUCCCGAUCUCAUUUUCGAUGUAUACUUCGACGGCAGCUUCCAUUCUCAACAUCAUGAUAUGAUUGAAGCAUACAAGGAAAUUGCAGAAAACCUUCCGAAGCUAUCUUCCCGAAUGUCGUUCAAAGAGACUUUCUUGUCCUUCUACAGUCAUUACAUGGGCGGGAUCUGGUCUAAAUGGUCAGAUCUAACAGUUUUCUUCUUGACAUUUUUUGGGGAGCUCAACUGCGCCGAUGAAUUAACACCGUUGUUGAGCAAUUCGGAAGGGCUGGAGUGUGGGUUCCAGCAGGAUAGCUGGUCGAUUAUGGAUCGGAAUGAGAUUGGCGAAGACGCCGAACUCAAUAAUAUCCAACCGGAUAUAGAGCUAGAACUGGUCUAG